AUGCAUUUCAAUGCUCGGUUAGUCGAAAUGAUGGAUCGGUUUUCGAAAAAACUUCACCUGAGUGACAAAUUCUCUGAAAGUUUCCUUGUUGAGGAGGUGAAAGUUGUAGAGGAAUCUAAUAGGAUCUUUUCAUCUAAUUUCCCUCCUCAUUCAUGUUUGCUUAGGAAAAAAGUGAACAAUAUCUAUAGUUUGCCACUUCUCGUCGUAAAAGAAGUUUGUGGUUAUCUUGAAACCGUUUGUGUUAGAGUCUUGAUUGAUCAUUACAUAAGUUAUCCAAAACUACUUUCCUCCAUGAGGAAAGCGACUCAUAAAGUGAUGGAGAAAAUGAAGCUUGAGUUUUCAGAAAGAGUUGUUGAGAUGAUGGAGAUGGAGAAGACCACACAUUAUACAUGUGACCCUGAUUUUAUUGCUUCUUGGAACAAGUUAACGGGAAAUCGUGAUGUGUUUAUGCUUGCAACUAACAAUUUCAAGAAGAAAUAA